AUGUGGUAUGAAAUUAUCCCAUCGUUCGCUAUUAUGCUUGGCGCUGCGGCUAUGAUGAAUCCGUUAUGUAAAGGUGCUGCUUAUCUCCUUUACGGAAGAUGGGACGGUCCGGAUUUUUUUAGCCAACGCGGUGAAUUUCGGAUUUUCUUAAGAGAUCGCGAUGUCGCUGGCACUAAUUGGCAUAUGAAGGGCCUUGAAACCAUCGAAGACUAA